AUGUGCUCUACUCAGCUCGACUUUCGUCAGCAACCUCCUCGCCCUACCAUCUCGGGCCUUCGGGAGGUCUCUGAAGUUCCUCAGAGCAUACAGCCACAGCUGUCGUCGCGCGAUCUCAAAGCAAGCUUCAAGUCGUCAAGGAGGGCCCUGUCUGAUGAUCAAUCUCUGUUCGGUGCUGAAGUUCUUGAAGAUUGUGCCUCUCUCCAUUCGCGAGUCAAUCUCCUCAGCAUCGUGCGUCGAUACCAUCGGGCAUCGCCCUUCGAUAGCCUUUACAGUAUCUGUGUCCAAGUCAAGCAGAAGCCCUUCGAAAGCACUCAUCGAAAGGGCGUGCCUAACAAACGGCAGCCCGUUGCCUUGGAACCAGCGACACCACCCAGAGAACGCAAGGUUAUCAAAACGAAGGAUUCUGAGAGCCUAAUUCAGAUCAGGGAUACUACCAACCCUGUCAUUGAGACUAUCGUUCCAUCGAACCAAAGCAAGACCUCUCGUGUGAACCUCCUGGGAGCGCAGCCCGGAGAUCCUUGGCAAAAGUACACCAAAAUCCUUACUUGGUUUGAUCUCGUCCCCACGAAGGCGCUGCAAUUCUUGGACAAGUGA